CAGUAAGAUACGAACGGUUAUUGGGUGAAAUUGUGGCAAUAUAAAGUUAUAACUUGUUCGAACUAGUAUAGUCGAGUAAGUUUUCACUAUAAAUCUGAAAUUGACGCUAUAUAUAAAGUGAUAAGAAACAAAUGGAUGAAGCAAAGCGAUCGUAUCAUUUGAGGACUCUUCUAACUGAAUAAUAAAUAAGUAAUAAGUCGGUUUGCGGUGCGUGAAAUACUCUUUAUUGUCUAUUAUUUAAGCCAAGCAUUAAUUAAAUUGCUUAUCUUGAUUUUAUUUGUCGCGGCAGAGAGUUAAGAUUUUUACGGUGUCGUAGAGAUAUAGUUGGUGUGCGUUCGUGAGACACGGAUUGCAAGUCGACGGAGGCGUUGAGAACUUCAUUUCUGCUAAAUUGGCCCGCUUUGAAAGAAAACAGAUUAGUUUCCUCAUAUAAUGCAUCAUAAUUUCGAUGCAGUCGAAGAACCGCCACCGAAAAACAAGGUUGUCCACUUUUUCAAGUCGAACUUCCUGACAUUGGCCACGUUUGGAGGAGUAGUUAUUGGAGCAGCUCUAGGUUUUAUUCUAAGGGGAGUAAAAGAUGAUUGGACGGAGAGAGAAAUCAUGUAUGUGGGAUUUGUUGGAGAUGUAUUCUUGAGAAUGCUUAAAUCUCUAAUUAUUCCUCUUAUUAUCUCAUGUUUAGUAUCUGCUAUAGCGAGCUUAGACCUGACAUUAUCCAAAAGAGUGGCAGCAAGAGCCAUAGCCUAUUACUUAACCACAACAUUCGCUGCAGUCGUUCUGGGAAUAGUUAUAGUGGUAACUAUCAGACCUGGAGUAGGAAGCGAUGGACAAAGUCUCAAAAACUCUACCGUCAGCAGUGAUACCACGACAGUGGACACGUUAUUAGAUCUCGUGAGGAACAUGUUUCCACCAAAUAUUAUUGAAGCCUGUAUAUUUCAACAUCAAACACAAUUAACUAAUGAUGAUGAAAAUAAUACCGAUAUUUAUUCAUACUCCAUUUCAACGAAAACUACCCAAACCACAAACAUUCUCGGCUUAGUAGUCGCAUCAACCGUAAUAGGGAUAGCUUUAGGCCAAUGUGGCAAAGAGACUGAAACCAUAGCGAACUUUUUCCAUAACCUUAUGGCAAUGAUGAUGAAAAUUACGUCAUGGGUCAUACGGCUCUCUCCCAUAGGUAUUAUGUUCUUGGUAGCAUCGGAAAUAUUAGAAAUGGAUGACUUAGCAUCUGUAAUGAGUUCUUUGGGCAAGUAUUUCAUGACAGUAUUAGUGGGUCUGUUCAUUCAGGGAUUUGUGGUGUUGCCAUUACUGUAUUUUCUCUUGACCAAGAAAAAUCCUUUCACGUUUGUCAAGUGUCUUGGACAAGCUUUGGCAACAGCUUUUGGAACAGCAUCAAGUACUGCCACCUUACCCAUUACCAUCAAAUGCUUGGAAGAAAAACUGGGAAUCGACCCUAGAAUCACCCGCUUCACAUUACCAAUUGGUGCCACCAUCAACAUGGACGGUACAGCUCUAUACGAAGCCGUAGCUGCUAUUUACAUAGCUCAGGUACGCGGAAUGGCUUUGGAUAUCGGAAAAAUUAUCGCCAUAAGUAUUACGGCUACCGCUGCGAGCAUAGGAGCCGCAGGAAUACCACAAGCCGGUCUGGUUACUAUGGUAAUGGUGCUUGAUACCAUAGGACUACCGGCGGAAGACGUCAGUUUAAUAUUGGCCGUAGAUUGGUUGUUGGAUAGGUUCCGGACGGCCAUCAACGUAAUGGGUGACGCUUUCGGCUCGGGCAUCGUCCAUUACCGCAGCCAGAAAGAAUUACAGGCGCUGAAGGCGGCGACCGCCGCGGAUAGUACGGAUAGUUCGAAAGCCAAGGCGAAUGUAAAUAAUUCUAUUAGCCACGAUCAAGAUAGCGUGUAAGUCGUUUUGUAACUUUAUAAAUUAACUAAUAAAGUUGUUGUUCGUUUAAUUGAUAAGAUUAAAAGAGAUUGAUAUUUUCUAUAA